GGGUACACGGAGGGCACGGGCAACGGGACACCGGGACACAGGGCGCGGGGUCUGGGCGUCCGCUGCCGUUGUUGGGAGGCGCCAGGAGGUGCCAGCGGUGCCACCGGAGGCCGGGAAUGCCCUGGAACCCUCAGCGGGCGGGGGGGCCUCCCGGCGGCCGGAAUAGAUGUGCGCGGGGCGGGUUCCGGGCGGACCGGAAGUGCGGCCGAACCCGUUGCCGUGACAGCGGGCCCGGGGCCGCCAUGGAGGCCGCGCUCACUGACAUGUACGACCAGGCGCUGCUGGGCAUCCUGCAGCAUGUCGGCAACGUGGAGGAAUUCCUGCGCAUCCUCUUCGGCUUCCUCUACCGCAAGACCGACUUCUACCGGCUCCUUCUGCGGCCCGGGGACCGGCUGGGCUUCCCGCCCGGCGCGGCGCAGGCCAUGGCCCUGCAGGCGUUCCGGGUGUUUGAGCGCAUGGCCAGGCAGGACGAUGAGAAGAGGCGCCGCGAGCUCGAGGCCAAGCUGAGGAAGAAGGAGGAGGAAGAGGAGGCAGCCGCAGCCGCCGAGAGGGUGAAGCUGUGUCCUGCGGCUCAGGAGAUCGAGGUGGAGACCACGGAGCACAUCCCAGCAGCAGAUGCUGGGGAAGCUGCAGGCACGCAGGAGCCAGCUGCAGCCCAGGGUGCUGCAGCCCCCAGCCCGCCGCCAGUGGAGCCCCCAGGGGCUGCUGCCCCAGCAGAGCUGCCCACCAGACAGGAGCAGUUCCAGACAAACCCUGACAGCUACAACGGAGCUGUGCGAGAGAAUUACACCUGGUCCCAAGAUUACAGUGAUCUGGAAAUUAAAGUGCCUGUGCCCAAGCACAUUGUCAAAGGCAAGCAGGUGUCUGUGGAUAUCAGCAGUGGUGCCAUUCGUGUAGCAGUGCUGGAGGGAAGCAGCCAACACGUCCUCAUGGAAGGGAAGCUCACCCACAAGAUCAACACAGAGAGUUCCCUGUGGAGCCUGGAGCCUGGGAAGUGUAUUUUGAUCAGCCUGAACAAGGGGGAUGAGUACUGGUGGAAUGCCAUCCUGGAGGGCGAGGAGCAGAUCGACAUCGACAAGAUCAACAAGGAGCGCUCCAUGGCCACGGUGGACGAGGAGGAGCACGCCGUGCUGGAUCGCCUCACCUUUGACUACCACCAGAAGCUGCAGGGCAAGCCCCAGAGCCAUGAGCUGAAGGUGCAUGAGAUGUUAAAGAAGGGCUGGGACACCGAGGGCUCGCCGUUCCGUGGCCAGAAAUUCGACCCCUCCAUGUUCAACAUCUCCCCCGGCGCCGUCCAGUUUUGACAGCGGCAAAAACAACUGAGAAAUAAAGCGGGGAGAGGCGACGUGCCCGCCCCUGGAUGCCCACCAGGAUCCUCCCA